AUGCAAAAUAUCUUUUGUCAGAAGCGCCCUUGUCACCGUUUGUCUGUGAUUGUCUUCUCUAAUAAAAUGAAUGCUGCACAGAAGAAAGAUUAUUUAAAAGAAAAAAUCAAACACUGCAGCUUUCAUCAGUUUCAUUCACUCUAUCUAUCUAUCUAUCUAUCUAUCUAUCUAUCUAUCUAUCUAUCUAAGUACGCAACUGCAAGUAACUUCUUCUUCUUCCGUCCUGCAACUCUUCUCGCCAAGGUCCGAACUCUUCUCUCUGCCCUCUUUUUCUUUCUUUCUUUCUUUCUUUCUUUCUUUCUUUCUUUAUUUAUUUAUUUAUUUAUUUAUUUAUUUAUUUCACCUUUGAUCUAUUUCUUUCUUUACCAUUCACCUCUGUUUUUUUCUUUUCUAUCGACUUCUUAUUCUUUCAGUUUUUUCUUUUCCUCUCAAACUAUUUCUUUCUUUAACAUUAAUCACUUUCUUUCUUUCUCCUUUAUUUUUUCUUUCUUUCUUUCUUUCUUAUACUAA